AUGGCCGCGAGCGAAAAGCGUUCACCGUCCGUUGAGCGCGAGGAGAAUGUCGUCAACCACGUCAACAGCAUUGUCGAUGAUGAAAAGCAAGUUCAGCAAGAUGAACAACGUGACUGGACCGGCACGGCGAAGAAGACGGACCCCGAAGAGAUUAAGCUUGUGCGCAAGCUUGACUAUCGGAUAAUGCCCUGUCUUUGCGUUAUGUACUUCCUCAAACUGACCAGCGCAGACUAUGUCGACCGAAAUGCCAUCGCCCAAGCACGACUCAAUAACCUCGAGGAGGACUUGAACAUGACCGGCACUCAAUUCAACACCACUGUUUCCAUUCUUUUCGUCGGUUACGUCCUGAUGCAAAUCCCCUCCAACAUGUUGAUCACCAGGAUUCAACCUGGUUUGUACAUGAGCGCAUGGAUGUUGGUCUGGGCUGUGGUUUCCGGUUGCACUGCUUUGGUUCAAAACUACGGCGGCCUGGUUGCUUGCAGAUUCUUCUUGGGUAUUACCGAAGCUCCUUUCUACCCCGGCGCCACCUACAUGCUCUCCAUCUUCUACACUCGCAAGGAGGUUGCUACCCGCAUUGCUGUGCUUUACUGCGCUCAGAUCCUGGCGACUGGCUUAUCAAGCUUGAUCGCCGCUGGCAUCUUCGCUGGAAUGGACGGACUCAACGGCAUCGCAGGCUGGAGAUGGCUCUUCAUCGUCGAGGGCGCCAUCACCGGCCUAGUCGCCCUCUUCGGUUUUUGGCUGCUCCCCAACACGCCGCUCACGACGCGCUGGCUCAACGAGCGUGAGAAGCAGCUCGCACACUCCCGCAUGGAGAAGGACAAGGUCUCUGAUUCCUCGGACGAGAAGGCUUCCGCCAUGGACGGUCUCCGCCAGGCGUGCCGCGACAAGCGCACUUGGCUCUUCUGCCUCAUGCAGAACUUCCAUCUCUCGGCAUGCUCUUUCAACUCCUUCUUCCCUACUGUUAUCAAGACUUUGGGUUUCAACACCACGAUUACCCUGGUCAUGACCUGCCCGCCUUUCAUCUUCGCCGGUGCUGCCGGUAUCUUUUUUGGCUGGAGCUCCGGCCGUCUUCACGAGCGCACGUGGCACAUCACCGUUGGUCUCUUUACUGCUAUUGUCGGCUUCGUCAUCGCCGCCUCCAGCAUGAACACCGCGGCCCGCUACGUUGCGGCCUUCGUUUUCGCCGCUGGCGCGUACUCUGUAAACUCUGUUAUUAUCGGCUGGGCAUCCUCGACGCUUUCGCAGACAAAGGAGAAGAAGGCUGUUGUUCUCGCCAUGACCAACGUUGGAGGCCAGAUUGGUUACAUCUACGGUGCCUACCUCUGGCCCAAGAGUGAUGAGCCUCGCUAUGCUAUCGGCUUUGGCGCUUCGGCCGGAUUUGCUUUGCUCUCGAUUGCAUGCGCCUGGUGCAUCCGUAUUCUCUUGGUCAGGGAGAACAGACGGAUUAGGGCAUCUACCUCGGAGCACGUCAACCUCUACGGAUACUAG